AUGGCGAGCAGCUCGUCUCCGUCGCAGAUCAUCUGCGUCUCCUUCAAUCAGGACAACAGCAUGUUUUCUGUCGGGACCAAGGAUGGGUUCAAGAUCUUCGACGCUCGCAAUGGGAGGCUCUGCUAUGAAAAGAAUCUUGGGGGAUUCAAUAUUGUGGAAAUGCUAUUUGGCACAAACCUACUUGCCAUUGUUGGAACUGGUGAACAGCCUGCAAUGUCUCCUCGUCAUCUGUGCUUGUUCAAUACCAAAACAGGAGCAUCAAAGCGAGAUCUGAACUUUAAGACUUCAAUUUUGGCUGUGCGAUUAAGUAGGAAGAGGCUUGUUGUUGUAUUGCAGGAUAGGACUUUUGUUUAUGAUCUAAAUAGCACUACUAUAUUGGAUGAAAUUGAAACGGUGCCCAAUACAAAAGGUUUAUGUGCAUUUGCUCCUAAUUCUGAAGAGUGUUAUUUGGCUCUCCCUGCAAGCACAUCCAAAGGAUCUGCUUUAGUAUACAAAGCAUCAAAACCGGAAUUAAUAUGCCAGAUAGAUGCUCAUCAAGCUCCGUUAGCUGCAAUGGUUUUUUCAUUGAAUGGUUUGUACCUGGCAACGGCUUCUGAAAAGGGUACUAUGAUUAGAGUGCAUCUUGUGGCACAAGCAACCAAGUCACAUAGUUUUCGGCGAGGAACAUACCCAUCAACGAUCUAUUCACUGACAUUUAGUCCAUCUGUUGAUCUACCUGACGUUCUUGUUGCCACAAGUUCAUCAGGCUCUUUGCACAUGUUUUUCCUUGAUGCUUCUAGGAACGCAAGGAGACAAGCAAAUACAUUGCUCAGUUCAGUGAUUCCUGGAUCUGUAACUGAUGCUUUGGAUCCAGCUAAUCAUCAUGUUAUUCACCAUGUUGUCACUGCAGACAUCAAGAGCUGUCUGGCAGUACACAGUGUUGAAAAUUCCCAAAAUUCUUCCAAAUUUCCUGCGUUGAAGACUGUAAUUUACAUUGUAACACAUGAUGGAUACUUCCGAGAGUAUCUGAUCAACGCAACCAAGUCAAAUGAAUCUUCGUGGUUUUUGGUGCGUGAAUUUAAUCUCCUGGACUCUUGUUCGGGUAGUCCCAAGCAGAACGAGCAGCACAUAGACUGA